CUUGAUUCAACAAUAUUUCAGUUUUCUGUCCGAAAUGUUGACUUCACUGAUAUGCAUCUGUAUCAUAUUCAUCAUCGUUGUUGCCAUAGCAACCACAUUCCUGAGGUACUGGAUACAACGCCGCUCAGCAUUCCAGCUUCCACACAUUAGAAAAACCAAAUCAGGGGAGAUAACUCCUGUCAUUGGAUUUUUCCACCCAUAUUGUAAUGCAGGUGGCGGUGGAGAGAGGGUGUUGUGGGUCGCCAUUAGAUCAAUACAGCGAAGGUAUCCCAAUGUCAACUGUGUUGUAUACACAGGAGACACGGAUGUUACUGGUCCACAGAUUCUGGAGCGUGCCCGUCAGCGAUUCAAUAUCACCCUAAAGUCACAUGUCCAUUUCAUCUUUCUGAAGCGUCGUCGAUGGGUUGAAGCUGUCAAGUACCCCAGGUUCACCCUGUUAGGUCAGAGUCUUGGUUCAGUUCUCCUUGGCUGGGAGGCGUUGCUUGCCUUUGUACCAGAUGUCUUCAUAGAUACCAUGGGGUAUACGUUCACUAUUCCUUUGUUUGAAUACUUUGGAAGAUGUCAGGUAUGUUGUUACGUUCACUAUCCCACGAUAAGUACCGACAUGUUGGGAAAAGUGGCGUCACGUACAGAGGCUUUUAAUAAUGCAACAUUUAUCUCACAGAGCCGACUCCUCAGCACGGUGAAACUUCAUUACUACAAAGCCUUUGCAUAUCUUUACGGAUUGGCUGGUAAACGGUGUCACGCUGUGAUGGUCAACUCUAGCUGGACCUACGGUCACAUCAAACAACUCUGGCAACCUACCGUCCACACCAGCAUACUGUUCCCACCCUGUGACACAUCAGACUUCACCAAAAUCUACCUAAAGGAACAGAUUGACUCGCCAACACUAAACAUUGUAUCUAUCGCCCAGUUUAGACCUGAAAAGGACCAUGCAUUACAAAUUGAUUCCUUUCAUCACUUUCUGCUGAAAAAACCAGAGACAGAACGAAAUAAAUAUAAACUUAUUCUUGUGGGAAGCUGUCGCAACAGGGGAGAUAAUGACCUAGUAGAAUGUUUAAAACAGCAGUGUGAAUCACUCGAUAUUACAGAAUACGUGGAAUUUAAACUUAAUGUGAGUUUCCAGGAGCUGAAGGAGUUGAUGGCUACAUCAGUGGUGGGUCUGCAUACCAUGUGGAAUGAACACUUUGGUAUCGGUGUUGUGGAAUUAAUGGCUGCAGGGACUGUUGUCCUGGCUCACAACUCAGGAGGGCCAAAACUGGACAUAGUGGUCAAUCACCAUGACCAGAUAACAGGUUACCUGGCUGAAGAUGUCCAAUCAUAUUCUCAUGCUAUGGACACAAUAUUUAGUCUGACUCCACGGGAACGACUUGACAUAAGGAAGAAUGCACGUGACUCUAUAUCUCGGUUCUCUGAGGAAGAAUUUGAACAUGGAUUCCUGGAAAUAAUAGAACCUCUCAUUUCAAACAUUCAUAGAAGGCGGACAUCUUGAAUUAUAUUGACAUUUGGUUUUAAAUGCAUCAUCCAUGCAUCAUCCGUGCAUCAUCCGUUGUCGUGUGCCCUCCGCCAUCUGUAAACUUUUGUUUAAAACACUACUCCUCCUUAACGCCUAAGCAGAUAUCAACCACAUUUGGUCUAAAACAUCAUUGAGAGUGAAAAAUCAGUUCAUAGAUUCAGGAGGUUGAUUCGCUCCCUAAAGUCUUAGGGAUGGGGCUUUAAAAGGAGAGUUAGUCAAUAUUUUGCUUCAGAAUGCUACUCCUUAUUAAUGCCUGGGUAAAUUUCAACCAAAUUUGGUGUGAAACAUUAUUGAAAGUGGGUUGUCAUUUUUUAAAUUCAGAAAGUUGAUUGGACUCCUAGGGUCUUGGGGCAAGCCACCGAAAAGGAAAUUUACAGUAUUUUAAGGUUUUAAUAGAUUUCAUUUAAAUUUUGUCUGAAAAAUUAAUAGAGGAGGGCAAUUAGACUAUCAUCUGCAAUCUUGUGGUUUGUCCAUCAACGCAUCGGUUAUUAGAUGACUGUUAAGGGCCAUGGCCCUCUUGUUAAAUAUAUUAUAUAUAGUAAUAUAUGAAAUAGGACCUACUACAAAACGUAUAUGACUUGAGUUAUCAGUGUUUUGAGCAGAGGCUUAUCGGCCGUGAUGUUAAUUAUAUACCGCACAAUCAUUGGUUUGUCUAAAAAGUUCAGGGCACAUAUGUGCACCCUGAAUAUUGUUGGGAAUAGUACAUUAUAAAUAGGGCUGUUACAAGAACACAGAGAUGGGUUAGGUUGGAGGAGUGAUCAGGUUAAAAAAUGUAUACCCAGAUACCCAUCCAAGUGGGAAUUAUUUGCUGUCCCGUCUUUGUCAACAGUAAAACAUAUUGAAGUAAUGCAUUACUCUAAACAUAUGUUCUUCAACAGUAAAAUAAAUUUUGUGCUUAGUGCUGGAAAAAUUUUGCUAAGUUAUGAUUAUGCUAAAUUGCACUUUUUGAAUGGUAUUUACAUAGCUAGUAUUUGCUUCAAAGCAAAUCCUUCUUAAUACCUGGGUAGAUUUCAACCAAAUUUGCCCUGAAACAUUAUCAGGGAGUGACAAUAAUAUCAAACAUGAAUGAAGUGUUUCUGAGGUUGUCCUGACCAAAUCUUAUUUUUACGCUUUGGUCCAAAAUUUUAUUUUGUAAUGAAAAGAAAGAGAUGAUUUGUUUUUUACUUUAAAGUCUGAUCAAAACUUCAACAUGCUAACCACAGUAGUUAUUUUGCAACAUGUUGGUGCAACUGUUUUUCCUUUACAUAGCCUACCAUUUCUGAGUUUCUGAUACUUUCAAGGAAUGUUCAAAAUUUGAAAGCAUCAGAUUUGUCAGAUGUCAGACCACCA